AUGAACUCAAGAACAUAUGAUAAAAUGAUCUUCAACAGUGUGCCGUAUAAAUCUAAUUGGAAUACAUUUAAAAUUGUUAAAAUUUGGGCUUCAUCAGAUGAUUUCAUUCGAGCCAAGCAAAAAUUAAAGCUUGCUAUUGAAUUAUCGGAAACUGAAGAUAUAAAUUCAGAAUAUGAUGAAAAAUUAUCUAAAAACAAAAGAAGAAUAUUGGCUGCAAAAAGAGCUAAGCAUAAAAGGAUUUCUCCCGUAAAAAAUAUUCAACAAACAACUCCAAAAAAAACAACUAUUUCUCAUUCUUUAUCAAAUUACCCAUUACCGAAACAUCCAUUUUCAAAAUCACUUGCAGAUGAUGAUGAUCAAUUUGUUCAGCAUGACAAAGAUAAUGCAGUCCCAGUUUGGUCAAUGUUGGAUAGCUCCAAUUAUAAGACGUCUUCAGAUAAAAAAUCUUACAGUUCGUUAUCAUUAUCAAAAACAUUAAAAAAGUCACCAUUAAAACAAUCAAUGGGCGGUGAUCAUCAAACAAAUAAUCAUAUUGCUAAAAGUGCUUCCAAAUCUCCUAUAAAGUCUAAGAAGAUAGAUGUGGACAACAUAAUAUGUAUUAAUAAUAGUCCUCUGCAUAGUGCUUACAAAUCUCCUAUAAAGUCUAAAACAAUGGAUAUUGAAAAAAUAAGUUUUAAUAAUAGUCCUCUGCAUAGUGAUACCAAAGGUCCUAUAAAGUCUAAAAUGAUAGAUGUUGACAACAUAAGUAUUGAUAAUAGUCCUCUGCAUAAUCAAAUUUUGAGCAUGCCACUGUCACCAUUCAUAAUUUCAACUGACCUUAAAACACCCAACACAAAAACUAUUUCUAUUAAAAAGAAGCUAUUUUCAUCUCAAUCACCAGCUAAGCAGAAAUCUAAAGACAAAGAACAAAGCUUACAAUAUACAGUAAAUAUUGUUACAGAGUUAAGCAUAAAAGUGAAUAAAAUUUUGUUGAACUUAAGUAGACAAGAAGAAAUGCUUAAAAAUAUCUUACAUAAAGUCCAUUUUAAUAACGAGAAUGAUGAAACUAUUAAUGGUGAUGAUGCAAUUUUGGAAGGUUUUCCCAUAGACAAUCUUGAUUGUUUAAAAGAUAUUAAUAAUAAAUUAGCAAUUGAUAAAAUGUUUUGUAAGCAGUUGAUGAAAAUGUUAAAAGAGUUUCGUGGUUAUAGUGUUAGUAAAGUAACAAAAUCCAUAAUGGACACAAUAUUUACAAAUAAUCUUGGAAGGCAAAUUUCUCUCACUGGAAAAGGGCCAAUGAACAAAAAAGAGAAAGAACCACUUAAGAGCUCUAUGAUUUUCAAAGUUAUAACAGGAGUGAUUCUAAAAAAUGUCAAGGAUUCUAAUGUCUCAACUAUCAACAAGGCGGUUUCUGGAUGGCUAAAACAUUCUAAAGAGCGCUAUCAAAGGGAUGUUCAUAAUAAUAAUCAUGUUAAUACAUAA